UCGAGGACACAAAGAUGACCGCCUGAGGGGAGCCCGGCGCCUCACCCCCAGAGCCUCACCGUGUUUUCUCUCCCCUCCCCGCAGGUAAGGCCGGCCUCUCCGCACUCGGAGGUCUGAGCUCUGCCAUGGGGGUAGGGGUGUCUCUACUGCUGCAGUUUUCUCUGACAUCGGGGGGCUACCAGAGUGUGGGCCGGAGCAGGCGCUGCAGCCGCAGAAGCAUCCCCAGGACGGUGCCCAGGAGGAGCUGGCCAAAGCCCCCGCUCCAGCUGCAGCUCCAGCGUGUCCCGGAGGCAGAACCCAUGCUGGAACGGCGCUGCAGGGGCCCCCUGGCCAUGGGCCCCGCCCAGCCCCGGCCCCUCUCGGGGCCCUCCCAGGUGUCGCCCCAGGCGCUGGAGAAGGAGCCCGGCCGGCUGAGGUUGCCCGGCGCUCCCGUGGCCCAGGCGGACGGCCAGGUCCGGGCGGGGGCCCAUCGCUGCGCCCACUGUCGGAGGCACUUCCCCGGCUGGGUGGCCCUGUGGCUUCACGCCCGCCGCUGCCAGGCCCGGCUGCCCCUGCCCUGUGCCGAAUGCGGCAGGCGCUUCCGACACGCCCCCUUCCUGGCGCUGCACCGCCAGGUCCACGCGGCGGCCACCGCAGACCUGGGCUUCGCCUGCCACCUCUGCUGCCAGAGCUUCCGGAGCUGGGUGGCCCUGGUUCUGCAUCUGCGGGCGCACUCGGCUGCCAAGAGGCCCCAGGCCUGCCCCGAGUGUGAGAGACGCUUCUGGCGCCGCAAGCAGCUGCGGGCCCACCUGCGGCGCUGCCACCCGCCGGCCCCCGAGGCGCGGCCCUUCAUCUGCGGCAACUGUGGCCGCAGCUUUGCGCAGUGGGACCAGCUGGUGGCUCACAAGCGGGUGCACGUGGCCGAGGCCCUGGAGGAGGCGGCCGCCAAGCACACCGGCGAGAAGCCCUACGUGUGCCCCGACUGCGGCAAGGCCUUCAGCCAGAAGUCCAACCUGGUGUCCCACCGGCGCAUCCACACGGGCGAGCGCCCCUACCGGCCCUUCGUGUGCCCGGACUGCGGCAAGGCCUUCCGCCACAAGCCCUACCUGGCCGCGCACCGGCGCAUCCACACCGGCGAGAAGCCCUACGUGUGCCCCGACUGCGGCAAGCGCCAUCGGGGGCUGCGGUCAUGCCAGACUGUGGGCAAGCCUCGCCCCCUGGGGGGACAGGAGGAGAGUGGGGGCCCCAAGCGGACCCCGCCGGCUGAGCAGGGUGGGGCACCAGAGGCCAGGGCUCCUGGGGCCGCCCCCGCCCCCCUGAGCGCCGCCCUGGCGGCCGCCGGCGAGGGUCACUUUGUGUGCCUGGACUGUGGGAAGAGGUUCAGCUGGUGGUCGUCGCUGAAGAUCCACCAGCGCACGCACACGGGCGAGAAGCCCUACCGGUGCGGCAAGUGCGGCAAGAGCUUCAGCCAGAAGCCCAACCUGGCGCGCCACCAGCGCCACCACACGGGCGAGCGGCCGUUCUGCUGCCCCGAGUGCGCGCGGCGCUUCAGCCAGAAGCAGCACCUGCUCAAGCACCAGAAGACCCACGCGCGGCCCGCCACCCACGCGUGCCCCGAGUGCGCGCGCUGCUUCCGCCACCAGGUGGGCCUCCGCGUGCACCAACCGCAGCUGGACGUGCCCAUGACCGAGCUGGCGUCCUCUGGGGACGGGUCCCCGGCCGGGGACGGGGAGGAGGGCCUGGGGGACGAGCGAGGCCUGGUCAUCCACCACCCCGAGGAGCAGCCCCACCGCUGCCCGCUGUGCGGCCAGACCUUCUCGCAGCAGCCCAGCCUGGUGCGGCACCAGAAGGCGCACGCCGGGGCGGGCCGCGCGGCCGCCUUCGUGUGCCCGGAGUGCGGCAAGGCCUUCAGCGUCAAGCACAACCUCGAGGUGCACCAGCGCACCCACACGGGCGAGCGGCCCUUCCCCUGCCCCGAGUGCGGCCGCUGCUUCAGCCUCAAGCAGAACCUG